AUGUCUGUUACUACGACCAUCACUCGACCCGUUCAGCCUGAUAUUCAAUAUCAUCCCGACUUUGAGAAAUAUCAAGCACGGACACGCCAUCGUAAGGAGACGGAGUCGCUGCAAACUAGUCUACCGGCAGGAUUUCCUCAAAAGUUGACGUCUCCGCUUGUCUGGGAGGGAAAGGACAUUGAACAGAGGAGUGACUGGAUCUACAAGUUGAGCAAUGAACAACUGGACGAGAUUGAUGCAGGUUUGAAGAGCUUCAAAGCUUUGAAUAACCCCCUGGGAUACAUCAACGAGUCGACAUUCCCUCUACCAACCCUCCGCCCAAUCCUGAGGAAUCUCUCCAAGGAAAUCCAUCACGGUCGGGGCUUCUUCGUUCUCCGGGGACUGCGUAUUGACGACUACUCCCGAGAGGAUAACAUAAUUAUCUAUACUGGAGUGUCUUCUCAUAUCGGAAAUAUUCGCGGUCGCCAACAGGACACGCGAUUACAAAAUGGAAAGUCUCCGGUGAUCUCGCACAUUAAAGAUAUCACCAGCACCGUGGAAGCUGAAAAGAUCGGAGCUCCCUCGAAUACUGCUGAUAAACAAGUCUUCCAUACCGAUGCUGGAGAUAUCAUCUCUCUUCUCUGCCUGAGCCCAUCGGCCGAAGGGGGCGAGAGUUAUCUUUCAAGCAGCUGGAAUGUUUACAAUAUCCUCGCUAAAGAGAGACCCGAUUUGAUCCAUACUCUUUCCCAGGACUGGCCUGUUGAUGGAUUCGGUAAUGUCAACAAGCCGUAUACUCUCCGUCCUCUUCUAUAUCACCAACCCGCAACCGAGACUAGCCCCGAGCGUGUUCUCAUCCAAUAUGCUCGCCGAUAUUUCACAGGCUUCCUCGCCCAGCCUCGAUCCGCAAAUAUACCUCCCAUCAGUGAAGCGCAAGCCGAAGCUCUAGACGCAUUGCACUUUUUGGCAGAAAAGCAUCGUGCUUCCUUGGGCUUCCAAAAGGGCGAUGUCCAAUAUGUCAAUAAUCUGAGCAUUUUCCAUGCACGGAAUGGUUUCAAGGACCAGCCCGGCAAAGAACGUCAUCUACUUCGCCUGUGGCUUCGAGACCCGGAGAAUGCAUGGCCUACUCCCGAGCUAGUUCAGGACCGUUGGGAUACUGUUUAUAAAGAUGUGACGGAGGAAGAGCAGGUAUUCCCUCUGGAGCCAGCGUUGCGAAAGAAUAUUGGCUCUUGA